AUGUUAAUAAAAUUUCAAAAUUAUUUGAUUAAUUCUUUUCUCAAAAUGAACAACAAAAAUAGUGUCAAUAUUUUAAAUAAAUUAUCUACAAAGCCAAUUCCUUUUGCUCAAACAAAUGAAUCUAAUCUUUUUCAAUUGCCUGUUACUUUAAAUACUGAUAAAGGGAAGGUGACAAUUAAUGCUGUUUAUCAGGAUACGCACCCAGAUGGUUCUUCUCAUAAAGGACAAACAGUUAUAAUGCUGCAUGGAUCACCCGGUUCUCACAAUGAUUUUAAAUAUAUUGUGCCUCUUUUAACAAUAAGUCCGAAAGGAGUGCGUUCUAUUGUAAUUAAUUGGCCUGGUAUGGGUUAUAGUGAAUCACUAUUGAUUAGUGACUGGCCCGAGACGAGAUCUCUAACAAAAAUCUUGGUUAUCUGUGUCGAUAUUUCAGGUCAAUCUAGAUUUUUCGAGAUUCUCUUACGAUCCUCCCAGUCCUUGAAAAUCGAAACUAGAUUCUUAAGCCCUUUUAAAUAUUUCUAUCUCACACCAAUUAAUUUAAUUUAUUUAUUUUCUAGUUCAGAUGAUGACAAUUUAAAAAAUGAUAAUUUGGAAAGAACAGAAUAUGUCCAAUCAAUAAUUAAUUCUUUAAAAUUACAAAAACCUUUAAUAUUUUUUGGUCAUUCUAGAGGGGUAGAAAAUGCUUUUAGAUUAGCUGAAAGAAAUGAGUCGGAAUUAUCGCUGCUAAUUUUGUUGGAGUACAGCCACAUAUUGGGGUCCGUCCCUUUUUCGCAAUUAAAUUUCUUUCUGCUUUGUGGGAAUUUGCUGGGUGGUUGAGGCUUCAGUCUGUGCUUGAACCGAUUUAUAA